AUGCUCUUCGCUCUGGCUGGGCCUGGAGAUGAGGAGGAGCCCCAAGAGACCCUUGCGCACCGCUUUUGCGCAUUUGCCAUGAAGACGCUGAACGAGGAUAUGGAUCCACUCUUCCAAAAGUUCCUCCCGAUCUUCGACCAGGACCACCGAGAACUGCUACAUCAGGGCGAGACCCAUGAGCAGUAUGCUGCGUACCGGGAGUACGUGGGGAAUCUCGAGCAGCAUGUCUCCGACUUUGCGCUGCAGGAAGGGUUCAAUCCAGGCGAUGGCAAUGGCUUCUUGGCAGAGCUCCAGAAUGCCAUCCAGGAGGAUAAGGCCAGAGCAGAGAAGCAAGUGGAGGCCUUCCUGAUGCACAUGGAACAGCAGCGGAAGAUGAAGCUGGGACCGGAGGCUCCUCCAUUAGAAGAAGGUGAGAAAGAACUCAUGAAGGCCCUCUUCAAGCCUCAGACUGUGGAUGACAUGAUGCAGAUGUUGUUGCACAUGACAGAAUAUACAGCAUUCAGCAGCCUGAUGCGAGCAAAGGUGCAGCAGCAGAAGUUCAUGAGGGAGUUGGAGCGGAGGAAGAAGGAGCUCAUGGAGGGAGAGAUGGGCUUGGCGCAUCGCUUCAUCAGCUUUGCCAUGAAGCUCCUCAAUGAUGACCUACAUGAGUUUUACACCAAGUGCAUGCCAAUCUUCGACCAGGAGGUACAGGAUCUGCAGAACCAUGGCCAUACACAUGAACAGUAUGCCGCCUUCCAGGAGUACUCUGCCAUCAUCGAGGCCCGUUUGCUGGAAUUCUGUCAGGAGGAAGGCUUCGGGCAAGAUGCCCAGGCGCUUUUCGAUGAGCUGCAGCGACUCAUUCAGAAGGAUCAAGAGCAGGUGGCUGCCCAGCUCAGGAGGGAGCUGGCGGAUGUGGAGCAGAAGAAGGAACAGCUACGAGCACGCGCGUCUGAGGGCGACACGGACAAGCCAUUGGUGCUCAUUUGCAAGCCAGCGGGCCUGGGCGAUUUGAUGAACUCCUUGAUCCAGCAGCUGGAGUACCCGAACUUCAGUGCUUCAAUGCGGUGCCGUGUGGAGCAGGAGCGCAUGAUGAAGACCAUUUUGGCGAGCUUUCAAGAAGCUAAGCCCAAAGAUGCGCUGCCGCCUCCUCCUCCCACCGACCUGGAGGUCGUGGACAUCGAAAUUGAUGAGAGCAGAGUUCCUGCCGGCCCUCCUGAGAUUAGCACCUUGUCUGUCACUGUUCCUGAGGGAUGUGAGGCUGGAUCGCAGAUCAGCAUUACGGUGCCAGAUGGUCAACAAAUCUCUGUGACCGUUCCUGGAGGCCUGACGCCUGGCAUGUCCUUUGAGGUCCCAUGUUGCAGACCGGCAGCUGGCUAUGGUGGAGGCUAUGGAUUGCCAAGGGCACCGCCAGGAUACUAA